GCUGCAUUUUAGCGUGGACGGGCAAAAAAACCGAUGACACAGUCAUUCGCACACCACUUCCUGAGUGGUCACGACUCGACGACCGGCGGUGAAUGUUACACUUCCUGUCAGUAACAGUUCGUCGUCCCUGCUCUGUUCCUCCUUCAGAGACGAUCCACUUCCUGUUUACUCCCCGUGACCAGUGACCAGUGUUUGUGAAUGGCCUUGUGUGUGUGUGUUGUCACGCUGUGUUGGUGUGGAUGGAGAUCACAACCGACACGGAAAGUAAAUCACUUUCAGUUUUCAAACGAAGUCGUGUUCGUGUGGAUGUAGCCACAGUCUGACCCGCUCGCCGCUGAGCAGCUGCACGUUGGCGUGAUGUGAAACCUUCAGACACUGUCCCCACCACAGGAAACACGGUCAGCUGAUCCAGUUGUCGCAACACCGCAGCCGACACCUUCGGUCCUCCACCAGUGAGACGCCAGCGUCAGUCCACGAUCACAUUCUCCAGAUUACAAAGUACUUCAGAUUUCAGACCGUAGUGGCAUGAAGUGUUUUCCAACUCUUUGAUUAUCUUUUUUCUGGCGUCAAUUGAUAAAAAAAACAUUGUGUCUGCCGCGAAUACAAACGCGGUCGACAGACGUGUCCACAACAUUGCUCCUUAGCACGACUAGUUGUCAAAAAGUCCUCGGGGCACCUUUGGAAGUGACACGCUUCCUAACACGCUGCGUAAAACAGACAGCAAAUCUCAUAUAUGUGAACAUGUUAAAAGAAUUUUUACCACUGAAAAUGCUUUCCAUUCCAUAAAACAAGCAUAAGCCACGUUUUGAACUGAAAGAACCAGUAUCUGGUCUUAAGACCGGGGGACAUAUAGGCCACAUAAUCCUGAUGCCGUGCUGUUCCACCCCAGUCCACCAGGCGGCGGUAAUGCCAGAAGACUACACAACAACAACAAUGGCGCUACAUGAAUCGAGCAACACUACAAGGACAGAAAAACCCCUUGCAGCUUGUGAUUUACUGCUUCCUAAGAGGAUCAUUGAGUCAACGCUGGAGAAGAGACGAACACAAAGAAGUAGAAAAAAUAUUUUUUAAAAACGCCUGAAAUGCUCGAGUGAAAGUACAGAAACUGCAUUUUAAGAGCUCUGGUGGAGACUGACCACGAGAUGCCCGACACCUUCUCCCGCCAAGCUGGAGUACUUGUCUAAAUUUAGAAAACCUGGUGCAUGGGUUUGAAUGCGUUUCAGUUUAUCAUAUUUAAAAAGUGAUCCAGUCAUUAACUAUCCGGCCUCCAUCAGGCUGGACGACUUAUGUCAAAGUCAAAAGCAGGUGAGGUCAAGCACCACAAAAUGGUGGAACCUCCAUUUCCCACAAUGCAAGUUUUCAUCUCUUCGUCUUCACGAGUCCAAGCCGUGCGAUAACCUGACGACGUCGCAGCGAUACCACCACCAACAUCGCGCUGUUCCCGAGUGGGAAAUUAGUGAACUGCCCCUUUAAAAAAAAGAAGCCGCCGUGCAAACAUUCAGGAAUAAAGGCAAGAUAAAGUCUGGUCCAAUAUUUUGGCAACAGUCAUGUUUCAUGCAAAUCCUCACUUGGAGGAGAAUCUUCCGCUGCAGUCAAAGCGGCCGUGUUGAGCUCUGUGCCGAUAAGGAGGCUCAGCACUGCAGCAAUAAACAGUUUCCCAGAAAAGAACCAUGUCACACACACUGUUACAACAAAGAUCCGGACGCAUUCACACGCACACCGGGACUCUGACGUCCGGCUCUGAAGUGGGAAUUCAAAUGUUUGAACAGGAUUUGACGCGGAUCUAAAAAACUACUUCAACGCUUUUCAGUUGUUGUUGAGUCAUUAAAAAAAACCCAAAAAACAACACGUUGGAGAGAAAACUGUGGACGAAAGUUGACUCGGCGUUUAUUACAGAAAACAAACCGUGAGCACACGUUUGGGACGAGUCACAGACGAUCAGAUUCAACGGACCGGAGCUCAGAGCCGAGUUUGGGCAGACGUCCCGCGUCAGGGAUCAUGGGCCAAAGCGUUCCUCGUUGCGACCGCCUGCGGCCUCACCAUCGGCUGAGCGCCUCGCUCGGAGGAUCUGGGUGAUUAUCUAAACAGCUGAGCACACAAAUAGCCCCGCGAGGCGGCCUCUACAUGGCUGACACUGACAACGUGGCAACAACUGUGCCCCUCCUCACCACUGGCAACCUCAAGGACAACACCACCGCCACCACCACUGUGCAGGUCGCCACGGUGAUCAACUGGUUGACCUUCAUCAUCGGGCUGCCCGCCAUCGGACUGGCUAUCUACGCCCUGAAGAGUCUGAACAAAGGUGAGAAUAAAGUUCCCAUCUCCGUCAUGUUCCUCCUGGUGUCUGACAUCGUCAGUUUCUUCGGCCGCCCCCGUGUGGGCCAGGACGCGGAGAGCGAGGCCGUCGCGUCCUCCAGCGCCACCGACUUCAUCUUCUAUUUCGGCGUCAUCUCCAACAUCGCCCUCAUGCUGUUCAUAGCCCAGGAGCGCCACGUCUCGGUGGCGUACCCGCAGUGUGUCGGCUGCUGCGGCAGCAUCCGGCGCUUUCCUGCGGUCGCCGUGGUGGCGUGGGCCGCCCCGCUGGCCGUCCUCGCCCUGGCUGUGCUCGAGUACAAGCUCUGGUUCGCGGCAGCUCUGCUCGCCCCUUUCCCCUUCCUGCUCUUCUUCGCCGUGGACUCGUGGAGAGCCCUGGUGUGCUCCCGAACCGACCCUCCAACACCGGAGAGGCGGAGGACGGUGUGGGGCAUUGGUGCUAUCUGGGCCAAUUACACCCUCCUCUACGUCCCCUUCAUCCUCAACGUCCUGCUGGAGGCUCUGUCCUUCAAGGAGGUGGUGCGUUACCUGGAGCUGGUGUCCCACCUGCUGCUCUACCUCGGCCCUCUGGUCGACCCCUUCCUCUACAUAUUCAUGACCAAAGGGCUCAAAGAGGUGCUGCGGGCGCUGCCCUGCUGCCCAAACCAGAAGGAGGACACGAGACCCACUGUGGACACUGUCGCAGAGACGGUGGAGACGAGACUUUGAGGAGGAGACACAGAUUCCCAAAAGAUUCCCGGACAAACAAACCUUUGUUACCACCUUCGCUAAGUUGGCAGAGAUACAAAGAAGAUCUACCACAUUUGAAAAAAGGCAUCGCGGUCGUUCGGUGUCUGAGAACAACCAGAGUCCUUGUUCCUCCCGUGUCUUCACCGCCGACUCUCUGCUGGGGCCUUUGACUCCAGGAGAACAGCCGACGGGUCGACGGCUUGAGAGGAAACUUCACACUCCUGCUGGAAAGAGACGCAAUUAUUGUUUGCAUUUUUGGCUCAAUCUCUAGUUUCAAGUCUUCUUCUAAUAGACGAUGUCCAAUCUGUUCAUGGUUGCAGGUGUAGGUGGAUGCGAUGUGGACGAGCUCUCAGUCAGGCCCGCCCCCAAAUCUACGUCAAGUUGAGGAUGAGCCACGUUGCUAGGUUUGCAAACCAGAAAAAUUCUCAUUCCUGCCACCCAACGAUGCCAAACCAGUUGCCAAAGACAUUCUCAAAUUUCGGACACCGCGUCUUUCACGUAUUGGUUUACCAGGCUGGGCUUCUCGAUCUCGUCGAUCGUCUCCGGCAGCUUCGCGCCCAGCGUCUCUGGCAGCAGCAGAGCCACCAGGCCGGACAGGACGGCCACCGAGCAGAUGAUAACCUGAGGAAGAAGAGUCCACACGUCCUCCAGCAGCAGGAUGAGAGGAGCCACGGCGACUCCCAGACGACUGACGAAGUUGGUGUAGCCCAAACCAUUUUGUCUGGUGAGACAGGAAGUAAGUCAUGAGUUUGUGUCCCCAUCACUGCGACUCAUCUGCAGGUUCAGGCUCAGGCCGUUUAGCGGUCGGGCGCUCAGAGCAGAAAAUGACAGUAAUGGACAAAGUACACAAAAGAAAUUCAAAUCAAUUCAGAUCUAAAUGGAUACAUCUCAAAACUGGAUUUGAGUUUUUAUCCGCUGGGUCUCUCUCAACCUAAAACAUAAUGCACAAAGGAUGGAAUAGUUUAAUGGAAAAUUACACCAUUUUACAACUGGGUUUUUUUGCACAUUUUUUGCCUCCACCAAGGAGUUUGAUUGUCUGUCGGCAGCAUUACGCAAAGACUACAGAACAGGUUUCCACCAAACUUGGCGGAAUGAUGGAACAUGGGACAAGAAAGAAUCUAUUAAAUUUUGGGCGGAUCCAGGAAAUGUUUCUUUUUUUUAAUCCCUUUCUUUAACAUUGUGAGAUAAAUUUUUUUUUUGACAUUUUCACCAAUUUCCCAGGGAAGUGUAAUGAAUUCAUCAGUGUGUACAAUUAAGCAAAUAAGAAUCUGGAUCUAGCAGAUUUAAAUGGGCCUUGGCGGAGGUAUGAGGUCGAAUGAGUUCCAUUCUACUUUCUAUUUAUGUAAUGUCACGAUAGUAUUUCAAUAGUCCAGUGGACCAAUUGGCACGAUGAGCCGGAGGUUGACACACAAUCAUAAGUGACGAAUGAUUAGCAGCAUAAUGAAAGAAGGGCGUGUCGACGCAGAACAGUAUGACAGUGACCGACCUGACGACCGUCGGGUAGAGCUCCGACGUGUAGAGGAAGGCGGUGGUGAAGGCGGCUUCUGAUAGGCCUUUGCCAAGAAUAGCUACAACUGUGCGCACAUACCACAGACCUGCAAAACAACAAGCACAGUGCUGUGCGUGAGUGUGAGGGUUAUCAACACGGCGGAGCCGCCUCAAGGUCGAGGAGUUAUCAGGGCUUCAACAAAGCUUAGGAGGUACGAUAAGAUAUUAAAAUAUAAUAUUUGUAUACACCAGGCUCUAUAGAAACUCUCUCACACUGUCACACAGUUACAGUAGACGAGUGACCUUGCAUGGCUGCGUACAGUAUCCUGUUCUUGUGCCUGUGAUGACAAAUUGUGCCACGCCGCACACGUUUCCUGCUACUGCACAUCUUUGUUAAGUUAUGUAAUUAUUAUAUAUCACGAUUAUACUAUAAUCAUUAUAGAUCUUUUUGUUCCAAACCAUAUUGCUGCACUGUGGAAGUAAUGCUGGUGUUGUCAGUGGUACAGGUUCACCGCACGAAUAACAGAACAUGUGAUGCUUUGUGAUUCCUAUAAAUACACUAUACUAGAACUGUAGCCAAACUGGUUUUGUUUUAAUGACUGUAAAUAAAGAUGGACAAUGUGACAUCUGCCAAAGCCUCCUGAUCGCCCCCUGGUGGCUGGCUGCAGUACAGGCCAUAAGCCCCGCCCCCUCCGUGUUAGCAGAUGUUUCUGUCACGUGAGGUUGUUCUUAUCACACGGAUGUUUGUUCACGUGUUCAUGUUUCUGAUCACUUUGCUUUUCAUUAGUUAUUUGAUGAUAUAAAAAUUGGUCAUGACUGACAGCUGACACUACCUUAGCAUUGGUCGAGCACGUGUAUGGGCGGGACCUUGAUGCAGCGGCUACACUUCCCGCUCACUACUGCGCGGACGUCCCCAGCACAAGUUUGCAGCGCCCGUAUCCAAGAUAUCUUGGCUUAAUUUUCUUGUACGAUCGGAGAGGAGACGCUUCGUCCAUCUUUAUUCACAGUCACUGGUCACAGCAU